AUGGCACAGGAAUUAGACAAAGUGGUUGAGGAGACUAGAAAACUUGAUGAGCAGCUUACCCAGGCAACUAAACCCGGCAAGUCACCUCCCAGCCAAGACACUGAAAUCCCCGCCCAAGCCGUGGACAGUACGUUCGGCAAGGUGAAGAAAUUUGUGAGUGAAACAAACAAUGGUGAUAAUAUUACCGAAAAGUUCAAAAGUAAAGUAAUAGAUGAACUUCAAAAGAAAGUUCAAGAACUUCCUGAAGCCGUUAACCAGUUCGACAGUGAAGCUCAGAAACAGAUCAGGGCUGCGGCCACGACGGCGAUUACAAAGGCGGCUGAAAGCCGUAUUGCACCGAUAGUAGGUGUUUCAUGGGUUCGAUGCAUAGAUAUUCCUUGUAUUGGUGAGCGAGGAAGCCUGUAG